ACAAUCUAAUUUGUAGAACAGAUUACCAAACCUGUCACAGGCCAGUGAGUGAGGGCGGUUUCCGGCAACCGGCAACCGGGACACCGCUCCACCACCCUAGUUUGCCACCUUUCAUGUAACACCGGCCUGGCCUCAACUCUAAUGUCCUAACACCCUACAUAUGUAAAUCUAUCUUCUUCUCUUUGAGGUUGUAUAAUUAUAUAAUCUGUAAAAACUUAAUUUAUCCGCAAUUGGAAUAUCACGAAUUACGCGUUAAGAAUCGAAGAAAAACGCGAAGAAAAGUCAAUCUUCAAAGCUGAGAAGAGAGGGGAAUAACAAGAACAAAUGUCGGGAAAUGGCGAGUUGUCGCCAUCUUUUCUGCCCGGAGAAUGGGAUCGUGGCAAAAUGAUCGGAUCGGGAUCGUUCGGGGUUGUUCAUUUGGCAAUCAACAAAUCUAACGGCUCACUUUUUGUGGUGAAAUCUUCUGAUUCUCAGGAGGGGAAUCAGUCCCUUGAGAAUGAAGCUAAGAUUCUCGAGGGACUGGAUUCCCCUCACAUUGUACAAUGCCUUGGGAAACACGUUUCUUUUGGGGAGAACGGGCAUCCGAAAAUAAAUCUCUUCAUCGAGUACAUGGCAGCUGGGAGUCUUGGUGAUGUUAUGGAAAAACUCGGAGGAAAACUUGACGAACAAGUCAUCCGUGCGUACACCCGAGAAAUCCUUAAAGGGUUGAAGUAUCUCCACGAUAUAGGAAUUGUCCAUGGAGAUGUCAAGUCUCAAAAUGUGCUUUUGGGUUCAUGUGGAAACAUUAAAUUAGCCGAUUUUGGUUGUGCAAAACAACCAAAAUCGAACACGGGGCCCACCAAUCAGAGGUCUCUUCGUGGGACCCCAUUAUGGAUGGCCCCGGAAGUCCUUAGAAACGAGGGAUUGGAUUUUUCAGCUGACAUUUGGUCUUUAGGGUGCACCGUUAUCGAAAUGGCAACAGGCAAAACUCCUUGGGGUGAACUCGGGGCCUCGAAUCUAAUGGCCGCAGUUUUAAAGAUAGCAUCAAGUAACGAGAGGCCCUCGUUUCCUAAAGGGUUCUCAAAUGACGGUUUGGAUUUUCUUAGAAAGUGUUUGGUGAGAAUACCGGAAAAGAGAUCGACGGUCGAUGAACUUCUAGAUCAUCCGUUCCUUAAUGGGGAAACAGAGAGUAAAAACAUGCAACAAAAACACUUUCAUGAAUAUUCGCCUAUGAGUGUUCUGGAUAUCGGGCUAGAUGAUGACAGUUAUGAGUCGGAGGAGUCAGAUGGGUUGGUGGAGACAAAGCUAGCAAGUAAAAUACCAUUUUCGGUUAGGCGUUACGAAAAGAGAGGGUCUUCUCGAAAGCAAUGUACGGAAAAUGAGACGGCGUCACAAGAAAAUUGGGUCACGGUUAGGAGUUAGAAAGAAAGAUUGUUUCUACGGUUGAUGAUUGAGAUGUAUGAUUG